GCGGGGAGCGGUGGCGUGGAGGUGUCCUCGCGCCCGCAGCCGUGAUCCGGACGGAGCUGUGUGGUCUUAGGCAAGCCAGCCGACUGCAGCGGGAAGCCGGGCGGAACGGAGCGGCGGGAGCAGGAUGGCAGAGGCCGUCGGAGCCGUGGCAUUGAUUUCGGCCCCGGCCCGCCGGCGCUGGCUGUGGUCGGUGCUAGCCGCGAUGCUCGGGCUGUUGACAGCUAGAAUAUCAGCCUUGGAGGUCCAUACUCCUAAAGAAAUCUUUGUGGUGAAUGGGACACAAGGGAAGCUGACUUGCACAUUCGAUUCUCCUAAUACAACUGGAUGGUUGACCACGGUCUCCUGGAGCUUCCAGCCAGACGGCACCGACAGCGCCGUGUCGUUUUUCCACUACUCACAAGGACAGGUGUACAUUGGGGAUUAUCCACCAUUUAAAAACCGAGUCACCUGGGCUGGGGACCUUGACAAGAAAGAUGCAUCAAUCAAUAUAGAAAACAUUCAGGCUGUUCACAAUGGCACCUAUAUCUGCGAUGUCAAAAAUCCUCCUGACAUUGUUGUGCGGCCAGGACACAUUAGGCUCCACGUGGUGGAAAUAGACAACCUGUUGGUGUUCCUGGUUUGGGUGGUGGUGGGCACUGUCACUGCUGUGGUCCUUGGCCUCACUCUGCUCAUCAGCUUGGUCCUGGUCGUUCUCUACAGAAGAAAACAUUCGAAGAGGGAUUAUACCGGCUGCAGUACCUCAGAGCGUUUGUCACCAGUUAAGCAGGCUCCACGGAAGUGUCCUUCCGACACAGAGGGUCUAGUAAAGAGUCCGCCUUCCGCCGGAUCUCACCAGGGCCCAGUCAUUUACGCACAGUUAGACCACUCUGGCGGACACCACAGCGGCAAGAUUAAUAAGUCAGAGUCGGUUGUGUAUGCGGACAUCCGGAAAGACUAAGAGGACACCCCAAACAUUUCCAAACUGGACGCUUGUGCAGAAAAUGUCCAUAACCGCAUGUGGCCUUGGGAACUCGGGCAAGGACAAGCACAUGUAUACUCGGAGAGAGCAGAAAAUGUGUAUAGAGGAUAUGUAUAUUCUAUUUAAUCUUCCUGAUGUGAGAGGCCAACGUUGCAUGGUGAAAUGGUAUGAGUCUACGUAUGUGUAAAUUGUCUUGCUGUUUCUGUAUAUUCCUUCAGAGUCAUUUCCAGCUGGAAAGUUUCAGAAGCAUCCCGUGCUCCCACGCGUGGACGGUUCCUGUGGUCCCACGCGUGGACGGUUCCCGUGGUCCCACGGUUCCCGUGGUCCCACGCGUGGACGGUUUGUCUUAUUGAAGACUCUGCAGAACCGUUAGUCUUUCCGACAGACGUGGCCUUUUUCAUCUAAGGGCUCAACCAGUCUAAGCAUUUCUUGUAGUUAGUGAGAUGUUCAGUGGAAGUGUGUCUCUCACAGUAUCAGGACCAUUUGUUCUGUGCCCGUGCUAGCUGAUAGACACCGUCCGUUAACCACACCACCCGAGGACAGUCUGAGAAGUUAGUGUUGAUGCUUUUCUUUAUAUGAGGGAAUUCUGAGCUGAGAUUGUCCUUGUCACCAUCCUGCUAUUAGCUACGAUCUCACAAUGAGUUCUUGUCAGCGUGCAGACAGCGAAGCUGGCUGAGGCUGUGGUCGUAGUUAAAAGGGUACAGAUUACAGAGCCCCAGCAUGACAAUAGCGUGUGGAAGGCAGCAUCUUCCUUUCUCCUCCUCUUAGGGAUGCUGUCAAUGAACCGCACACUCUAGAUACCUCCUGACACCAGGUUCUUUACCAUCUCCUGUGGUGCUGAGACCGUGUAUAUGGUGCUAGUGCUCUGUGGGCUUUGUUCAAAUGACACCUUCUUAAGGGCUUUCUACAUCUGGCUCCAUGAUCUCCCUGCCCAGUCAGAACCAAAUCCUCUGUUGGCCAAGCCAACCUUCCUCCCUAGGAGAAACCGUUAGCUGCUGGCCGGCCUUUCUGGACUGAGCCUGCAGCCUGGUUCGAGCUGCUCGAAGGACAGUGUGCAGGCCUCAUGGCCUAACUCCACACACCACCUCCUUUGGAGUAUUCGGUCUCUCUCCUGCAACUCUGCGUUCUGGGCCUGGCUACAGAUAACAGUGAGGUCACGUCCAGAUGGCAGACCUGUGCUUCCUGUGUCUUCUGAGCAGAAGAAUGCAUUCGAAUUGAGAAGAGACACCUAAAAGGGAUGGCUUUUAGAAUUCCUGCCUGUAUUUUCUUGUAGAAAUGUAUCCAGCUGGAGAGAUACCACGUUCAUUGUUACUUUUUGAUAUUUUCAUUUGUACGUCUGUGAAUAUUUUAAUACAUCUUUUUUGAUUUCUGAA